AGAACAGGGGAAACAACCUCUCUUGCUCCCUCCUUCAAGAAGGUUUUGUGGAACCUUCUGGGCAUACCCACCGGUUCCCCAAGUGCUGCAGGUCUCUUUCAUCCUGUUCUUCCUGCAGGCAAGACCAUCUGGAAGCUGAACUCCAUCCACCUUUCAAGUGGGAUCCUGGCUGCACCAGCUGCAACUCUUCCGGAUGUAGAUGGAGAUGGGAUUAGGGAUAUUGUCGUUCUGGCUCUCAAAGAGACACAGCCUGAUUUGGUUUUCAUCUUGGUGUCAGGAAAGACUGGAACUGCUUUAGGUGGGCCUGUGAAGUACAGCACCAAUGGAGAAGGGAAAGUGAUUGGUCCUCAAGUCCACAUCACCAGCCGGGGAGAUAUCUACAUCCUGUUUGGUUUUGGUAAUGUUCAAGCAGUUGCCCUGAGGGAUAUCUUAACCCAAGCCAGAAACCGGGACAGCUUUUCUGCAAUGCUGCAGCAGGAGGAGCCAGAGUGGGAAAAGCGCAGAUCUGUCAACCUGUCAGAGCUCAUUGACAUUUACAGUGGGGGUGUUGACUUCCUGCAGACGAUGAAGAUACCCGACACAAAUUGCAGCAGCCUGCUCAUCACAACCAAAGAGGGCUUGAUCCUACUACGGGGACAGGACCUGGAGCCCCACUGGACCCUGGAACUGCAGAACAUCAGCAGCCAGCCUGUACCAGGUUACUUCGGUGCUGACCAAACUCUGGACUUCAUGCUGCAGGCUCAGACCGGAGAUGGGAACAAAAAGGUGGUGGUGAUAGAUGGCAAAUCCGGCCUCCCUGUUUGGAAUCGGGAACUCCCAUGGCAUAAGCAACAACUCGAUGCACUGUCAGUCAUGACUUUGGACAAGAAGUCUGUUUUUCUCUUCUGGGCUGAUGAAGCACAGCCUGUAUUACAAAGUUUGCAACCUGGUCCCAGACCUGAGCGCCCAGGGCUGCACCACCUCUAUCUCCUCCAUCCUGUUUUUCCUACAGUCCUUUUGGACCUCACCAAUGCGACAGACAAAGUCAUUGCUUCAGCAGUUGGAAUUAAUGAUCUCCAGAAGGAUGCAUUUCACAUCACCGUUACAACAACUGCAACCUCUGAAGACCAGCCAGGAUUUCUCUCAGUCAGCAAACUGAGCCUGAAGUGGGCCAUGAUGAGUCAAAGUCGAAUGGUGUGGCUCAAGGACACCACCACUCCCAAAAUCAGCCGAGGAGAAGUGAGGCGAUUUCUUGCCCGGCUGAAAUUUGUUGACUUUCCUCAGAAGUAUUCCCAGGCAGUCAAACAAGCUCUAGGCCUAGAAUGGGCCAUUGUGACUCAAGGCAAAAGGUGUGGCUAA